ACCGCGGCGCCGAUUGGGCCCGGCCGGCCCCCGUCCCCGCGGGGGUGUCUGGGAAGGAGAGAUCAUGGCGGCGGAGCCGAGCAAGACGGAGAUCCAGACUCUCUUCAAGCGGCUGCGGGCAGCGCCGGCCAACAAGUCGUGCUUCGACUGCGGCGCCAAGAACCCGAGCUGGGCCAGCAUCACCUACGGGGUGUUCCUGUGCAUCGACUGCUCCGGCGUCCACAGGUCCCUGGGCGUGCAUCUCAGCUUCAUCAGGUCCACGGAGUUGGAUUCUAACUGGAACUGGUUCCAGCUGAGGUGUAUGCAAGUGGGCAGCAAUGCCAAUGCGACUGCUUUCUUCCGCCAGCACGGCUGUACUACCACAGAUGCCAACGCUAAAUAUAACAGCCGAGCUGCCCAGAUGUACAGGGAGAAGAUCCGGCAGCUGGCAAGUGCUGCCAUGGCCAAGUAUGGCACUGAUCUGCUUAUAGAUGGACUGAGUGGAGCCCCUGGGCACUCCCCUGACAAGAGUGAUGCUGAUUUCUUCACAGAGCACACACAGUCUUCCAGUACCUGGGAUGUAGCAGAUGCCAGCCAGAAUCCUGCAGAGUCUUCCCUGGAGGUGGAAAAAGCAGCAAAGUCAUCAGAAGGCAGUGAAGUGUCGAAUCCCAGCCAGGGCCCAUCUAUUGACUUGUUGAGCACAUCUCCUAAAGCUCCUUUAGACAUGUCCAUGUAUCUAUCAACACAAGGGGCUGCUCCUGCCAGAGAACUUAAAUCCUCCCUCAUUGGAAAGAAGAAGCCAGGAGCUGCCAAGAAAGGGUUGGGUGCAAAAAAAGGUCUUGGAGCCCAGAAAGUAAGCAGCCAGAGCUUCAGUGAGAUUGAGCGGCAAGCCCAGGUGGCAGAGCAGCUGAGGGAGCAGCAGGCAGUGGAGUCCAGGAAACAAGCCGAGGAGUCCAUAGUCGCCUCAAUGCGUCUGGCUUAUCAGGAACUGCAGCUUGAUCGAAAGAAGGAAGAGAAGAAGCUUCAGAAUCUUGAAGGGAAGAAGCGUGAACAAGCAGAGAGGCUGGGCAUGGGCUUGGUGUCCAGAAGUCCUGUUUCACACUCGGUGAUGGCUGAGAUGCAAGUAAUUGAGCAGGAGACGCCGCUGGUAGCAAAGGCUUCCCGCUCCCAGUUGGACUUGUUUGAAGAUGGUGGAAGGUUCGCAUCUGGACCCCCCAAGUACAAAUACAGUCCCUUCUCAUUCGAAGAUGCAUUUGGCUCACGAUGGGAAACAGACUCUUCAUGGGGUAUGGACAAAGAAGAGGAACCUGAGGUGACCGUUUCCAGUAUUCGGCCAGUUUCAGAGAGACCCCCCAGUAGGCGGGAGACUGAGAACAGGCCAUCCAUUGUGGAAUCCAAUGAAGCUCGACAGAAGUUUGCAGGGGCUAAAGCUAUCUCUUCAGAUAUGUUUUUUGGGCGGGAGGCAGAUGCUGAGUAUGAAGCCAGAUCCCGACUGCAGCAGCUCUCGGGCAGCAGUGCCAUCAGCUCUGCAGACCUGUUUGGAGAGGCUGACAAUGUACACUCAGGUGGCGUGUCUAUUGGAAAUGUCCUGCCUGCAGCUGACAUUGCACAGUUCAAGCAAGGAGUGAAAUCGGUUGCUGGCAAGAUGGCUGUCCUAGCCAAUGGGGUGAUGAACUCCCUCCAGGAUCGUUAUGGCUCAUAUUGAUGACCCAGGGACUGCAACUCAAAGGGAAGCAAGCAAGAAGCACUGAUGCCACCUUUGUCCGGAGUAAACUCUGCAGGACUGUUUUAUUAUCUGGGUUGGGUGGGGAGGGGAGAAGGUAACCGGAGGGAGUCAGGACAUGGCUGUUCCCAGGAUGCUUUCUGAAUAUCUCUGGAUUCCACUCUAUUAAAAUUCAAUGUGCCCUCAUACCCACUGCUAUCUACUAGCCAGUGGAGACAGGCCUUCUUACAGGGUUAACCUCACUGUUGUAAAAGAUAUGACAGGAACUCCUGGACUGCCCUCAUCAGUGCUCUUGUCACUCUUGGCCCAUACCUUAACUCACCAAGUGACAGAGGAAAGGGGAAUGCUAUUUUUCUGAAUAUCAUGUGACAUGACUGUUUUUUGUUCUGCUCAGUGCUCCCCAUCCAUGGUGCUGUGGAGUCCUCCAUAUUUGCAGGAUCUGACUUUUGCCAUGAUACAAUCCUUUUUACUGUCUUCUAAACCAGCAUAUAUAGAUGCAGGAGAAAAAAAAAAAGCAAAGAUUAUUUUUUUAGCUUCUAACUACAUCAUCAGCAAGAAAGGCCCAGUUAAAGAAGUAAAGAUAUUUACUGGA